AAAGAUGGGACGAGAGUGAGAAAGGUGGAAGUUGGGAUCUGAGUGAGAGUGAGAAAGGUGAGCUGGAGGCAGCAGAUUUAUGUAUACACUCACACAGGAAGUAGUAAUGGGACACAGUUUGAAGUUGAUGAAAAAUCUGUUCCUUAACCUUGCAAAUGACGGAAGCAGGGAUCUUAGAGGGUCGGACUGAGGGAAAGAGAAGCAGAAGGAGCUGUCUGCUCAUAGCUCCCCUCAUGGUAAAUCAGACAUCCAUAUUUAGUUGGAGAGAGGGAAGGCCCAUCAGUAAUGUAAACACAGCCUGGGGGCGGGAGGCAGAGAGACUACAUCAACACCAACACUGGAGUCCAUUGCCCAGUACAGCUGUGAUCCUGGUCAUCAGGAGGAGGCGAGGAAGACCGAGCCAAAUUUAGAUUGAACUAGAUCAUCUGGAAGUUCCUCUGUUGUUGUUUUUUUUCCAUUUUUUAUUUAUUUGUUUUUUUGGGGGGGGUUGAGGGGUCAGCUUUUUAGUAUGUUUAGAUUUAUUGAGAGCGAGCUUGGGUUAGUGUUAGCCAUGAGGUGUGAAGUAUACCCUGGACUUUAAAAUGAAGAGACACAGCCAAGGGAACCGAAGCCCUGCUGCAACAUAAAACGUCACAAAAAGUGCUGUAAGGCAGAAGAACGAGACACAUCGUUAGGUUAUCUGUACACAGGAGGCAAAGGGUAAAAACUACCUGACAGCUGAUUGUCCAUCGUCCACCAUGAGUGACCUUUGCUCCGAGAGCUCUGAAGAAGAGCUGGCUGAGGUCAAUGAGACACCAUGGAAACAGGCGACAGGCCAGCUACCCAUCAUCCAGCUGCUUCCGAGGUCCAAAACCUGCUCAGCUGCAGGAUCCCCAAAGGUGUCACCCAAAGAAUCCCCACGUGGAUCCCCUCGAAACUCCCCGCUCCUCUUCAGAAAGCUGCUCAUGAACCGCAGCAUCAACCUCCAGAGACGCCGCUUCACGCUGGCUCACACGCCCAGUUUUGAUGUGGAGAAUGGAUUAUCAGUGGCACGCAGCCCCCUGGACGCCCAGACCAGCUCCAGCUCUGGUCUGGUUCUCCAGGCCAACUAUCCUCAUAGUCAGAGGCGGGAAUCCUUCCUGUACCGCUCUGACUCUGACUUUGACCUUUCACCUAAAGGUCCCUCCAGGAACCUGUCAUCAGCCAGUGAUCUACACUCAGAAGAUAUGAUUGUCACACCAUUUGCACAGGUCCUCGCCAGCUUGAGGACAGUCCGAAGUAAUUUUGCCCUCAUAACUGGACAGCAAGACAGAGCAGCCAGCAAGACGCGCUCCUCAGGAAGCCACCCACCCUCAAUGUGUAAAACCAGUCUUGCAGAGGAGCCCCACCAGCAGCUGGCCAUAGAGACUCUGGAUGAGCUGGACUGGUGUCUAGAUCAACUAGACACGCUGAAAACUCGACACUCUGUCAGCGAGAUGGCUUCCAACAAGUUCAAGAGAAUGCUGAACCGAGAGCUCAGUCAGCUGUCAGAGACCAGCCGCUCUGGGAACCAGGUGUCUGAGUUCAUCUCCAGCACUUUUCUUGAGAAGCCAGAUGACAUGGACAUUAUGUCUCCUCCUACCAAGGAGAAAGACAAAAAGAAGCGUCCCAUGUCCCAGAUCAGUGGCGUCAAGAAGGUCACCCACAGCCUCAUUCCCUCCACCAUUCCUCGCUUUGGGGUCAACGCCAGUCAGGAGGAGUUCCUCGCAAAGGAGCUUGAGGACGUUGACAGAUGGGGACUUGACAUCUUCAAGGUUGCAGAGUACUCUGGAAAACGCCCAUUGACAGUCACAAUGUACACAAUCUUUCAGGAGCGUGAUUUGCUGAAAACAUUCAAGAUUCCUGUAGACCAUUUUAUUAACUUCAUGAUGACACUGGAGGAUCAUUACCGCUCUGACGUGGCUUACCAUAACAACAUCCACGCUGCAGAUGUGGUGCAGUCCACGCACGUGCUGCUGUCCACCCCUGCUCUGGAGGCCGUAUUUACUGAUCUGGAAAUUCUGGCCGCACUGUUUGCCAGCUCCAUCCAUGAUGUAGAUCACCCUGGAGUUUCCAACCAGUUUCUCAUCAACACCAACUCUGAGCUGGCCCUGAUGUACAAUGAUCUGUCAGUGCUGGAGAACCAUCACCUGGCCGUGGGUUUUAAGCUUCUGCAGGAAGAUAACUGUGACAUCUUCCAGAACCUGAGCAAAAAACAGAGACAGUCUCUGCGCAAGAUGGUCAUCGACAUGGUGCUGGCCACUGACAUGUCAAAACACAUGAACCUACUAGCAGACUUAAAAACCAUGGUAGAGACAAAGAAAGUAACCAAUCUGGGUGUUCUCCUGCUGGACAACUAUUCAGAUCGCAUACAGGUUCUUCAGAACAUGGUGCACUGCGCGGACCUGAGCAAUCCCACCAAACCCCUUGAGCUGUACCGUAAGUGGACUGACCGCAUCAUGGUGGAAUUCUUCACUCAGGGCGACAGGGAGAGAGACAAAGGAAUGGAGAUCAGCCCCAUGUGUGACAAACACAACGCCUCCAUAGAGAAGAACCAGGUGGGCUUCAUCGACUACAUCGUCCAUCCGCUCUGGGAGACAUGGGCUGACCUGGUGCACCCUGAUGCUCAGGAGAUCUUGGACACGCUGGAGGACAACAGAGAGUGGUACCAGAGCAUGAUCCCUCGCAGCCCCUCGCCCAGGCCCCACGACCAGGGAGGGAGGGGCUCUCUGGAGGAAGCCUCGGUGCUCGGCGAGGUCCCAGGUUCCAUGACGACCGAGAAGUUCCAGUUUGCGCUGACUUUAGAGGAAGAGGGUGAGUCUGACAUGGAAGGCUCACCAAGAGAGGAGAAGGGUAGCAGGAGCCUAACCAAACACAGCGGUGUGUUUGAUUCUGGAUCCAUACCAACUCGACGGCUCAACAAGAUCCUCACCAGUGACUCAGGCAGGACAUUUUCUCUGGACUCUGAGAAGGAUAUGGCAGAAGACAGAGAAACAGACCCAGAAGGCCCUUCUGUGGUCCCACGUUUUAGACUCGGCACAUAGCACCAGCCACAAGCGUCUCCCCCUCAGACCUUCUUUGUUUCACUCAGAUUGAUAUCAGUGCCUUGUCCUCUGUAACUGUUCUUCCUUCACUUCAAACGGAUGCCAUCCUUCUCCAAAUCUCCCCCAACAGGGUGACUGUGUGAAGUUACUGAAGUGUAGAUAUUUGUGUGGAGGAUGAGGAUGGUUCCUUGCACUGGAAAAAACACUGACAGGUUUGAACACUGUUCCAUGAAAGACACAAAACAACUUUCCUACCUGUCUGUUGUUUUCUUUGUUUUCAUAUAAUGAGGACAAGAAGUAAAAAAAGGCUCUACCAGACAGUCAAAGGUCUAAAACUAAAGACUGAGGUGUCUUCUCAGAAUUGAUUAAACUUCUCAGUGAUGAAACUGAGAAAGUGAUGAAACACUAUAAAAAAUGUCCUUUCAUAGUUGUUGCCAUGCAGAUUAGAAGGACAGUUUCUAUUCUACCUGAUUUUUAUCAGGAGGCUGUAGCAUAUUCUUCUCUCUUAUCUCUAUUUAUUCUCUAUUUGAAUAGUCAGUAAAAACAGAACACAGAGGAAUAAAGUUAUUGGAGUAAAACGACAUGUAUGCAGAUUAAUAUGUGUAAUAUGAACUAAAUGUAGCAUGUUUUGAUUGACUACUUCACUGUUACUAUAUUGGCACACCAACACUUGUUAUUGCUGUUGUGUUCAUCAGACAAAUAUAAUGUUUUGUUUUUUUCCCCCUUUUUAUAAUCCUAAAGUAGCACAUUUUCAUUCAGAAUUAAGAAACAAAGCCUGCAUCACUGCUGGGCUCUUCAGGAAUUACGCCCAAAGACUUUUAGGGAGGGCAGAUGCUGCCUUCUAGUGUCGAAAAAACAGAAAUGAUUGUCUGGUACUGAGGCAGGAUUUUCCAUUCAAAAUGUAUCAGGAGUUUUCUUGUACAGUUUUUAUUAUUUCUGCUCCUACAAAAUUUUGCAUUCAAGAUGUUUGGCUCAGAAUGAGUUUUUGUGUGGAGGGUUUAAGCCAAAAAUGACAGCUGUUUUAUGACAAAGAGUGAUCAGUGCAGAUGUCAAGCAGAAACUACAAAAAAAAUAGCCAGCUUUGAAUACUUUUAGCACUACAUUCAUUGCCAUUUUAGUCAGAUAUCAGUUCGAUGACUGUGUUUUUAAACGACUCAACAAAUAGGAUCAAUGUAGCUGUAAAACCCAGGGGGUUACCAACGGAGAGUUGCCUAUGCCACAUUUUUCCUCUUUUAUCCCUCUCACAGAUCAAUAUUUUGCUCUUUGGAGGGAAGCAGUCAAUGCCACCAAACAAGUGCCAAGCAAGCAUGACACAAGCAGUACUGUACUUUCCACUUUGCCACCGGCUACUUUCCAUCAGCAGCUGAUAAAGCUGGUUGAUUGUAGCGCUCCAUGUGCCAACCGGACCGUAGUGUCUGUGGUUAUUUUGUUCUAACUCCUAUUCAGAUCACUGAAUCUGAUGUUGUCUUAAAACAGUCUUUGUUGUGAUUGAGUAAUUGGGUUGACGUUUUGCUGUUGUUAAAUCAGAUGCACUUUGAAUGGUACUUUUACAGUUCUGCACUUCCAGUGCACCUAAACAUGUAUAACAUGACUGUGUUACUGUUUUUGUUUGUUAUAGUUUGUGGUUUAAUUGCAAGGGCUGGACCACUACAGGUGUUAUAGUGUUGAUGUUGUCAUAGGGACUUCUUUGAAGAACUGUAGAAAAAAGAAUUGUGUUAAGUUGUAAUGUGCAACUUUGUCUGAAGGAUUCAAACCACAUGAAGAGUUCAUUAUAGCUUACUUAAGAAUUAGGACUGUGUUACAUUUGUUUCAUUUUAUUACCAUUUAAAAGAGUAAGUUAUGUUUUAAUGUUUGAAUAAGCUACAAGUUUCUAUUGAAGCCUUAUUGUAAUUUGAUACUUUAUUUUUCUGGCUAAAUAUAUUCUCUGUCUGCAAAUCCUAAACAAUGCCAAACCCUCCAACUCUCAAGGGUGCCUUCAACACUAAGGACUAUUUAACAUAACUUUUACCAGCACACCAAUAUGCAAUGAUUACACCUGUCUUCUUUCUAAGUGAUUUUGUAUUUUCCUCACAGAGAUACAUGUGCAAUGUAUUUUUUUCUGUGCUAGUUGUUAAGCACAGUGAAGUGAAUGGACAAUGCCUUUAUAAAGGCUUAUGUGCAUUCAUGUUGAAUGAGACAAACUGUGACUAUUACUCAGAUUUUGAUUUCUCUCAUUUCUUUUGAAUCUGCUUACAGUACAACUCUUUUUUUUUUUUGCAAUACCUUUGCUUUUUCUGCAGACGUAAGUGUGUGACAAAUUUUCUCCUGUGUUUUCUGAAGCAUCUCAGGCCUGUCUUUCCGUUUGCCCUGAGCUCACCAUAUGGUUUAUGAUGACCAUGCAGUAUUUGUGCUGAUUAGAGACCUCUGUUCACCAUGAAUAUAGAAACAUACUCUGUCUGUGACCUGUGUUUAUGCACAGAUCAUUAAUGGUAUGAUAAGAUGCUGCAGCUUUGACAAUUCAAACUCUGCUGUUUAACUCUGGGUGUGUUACUCCUCCUUUCAACUACAACUUCCCAAUAAAGACAAAACCUCUUUAAAGACA